AUGACCAAGCCAUCAACAUCUUGCAAGGUCGGCCCUCCUCGCAAGGCCACCCCUCCUCACAAGGUCAGCCCUGCCCAUGCAGUGAAGAUGAAUCACAAAUUUGGAAAAUCUAAGCUCCCAGAUACCUUGCCUAUUGCCAAUGGUUCUGUUGGAGAUGGAAGCCCUGAACCAUCCCCUACCAAUAAGGAUUCUGGUGCACUUGCAAUAGUCCUGAUAUCCCAGUACUCCUCAAGAAGUGCAAGCUAUGUCAGCACAGCAAAAUAUCUUCUGCAGCGUGUGAAGUUGAUGAAUAUUCAAGUGAGGCCUCUCCUGAGGGCAGCAACUAUGAACAGACCUGAUCAAGAAGUAGAUGAGGAUUGCGUCUCACCUGCACCUCCUGCUCAAAGGGCCAAGGGUAAGGGGAGGGAGCUGCCUUUCCCUGCAGAUGAUGAAGACCUACAUGAUGAAGCCAUUGAUAAGGCCGUCACCUUGGGUGACAAAACAGUUGCAGAGGUGGAGAAGAUUGCCAAGGAGUAUGGCAAAUCAACACGCAUGAUCUUGAUUCAAGCUGGGUUAGCAAUGAAGUACCCCAAGUCUUCUGACAUGUCUACAAAUGACUGGAAGCAGAUGCAAUGCAUCCAUUGGCUCAAAGACUCCAACCAGUGUGAAAACCCCAAAUUAUGGAAGGAGGUCUGCAAGUUCUGGGACGGGAGCUCCAGGACCACAGAGGAGUCCUCAAAAGCAUUAUACAACCAUGUCAUGGCUGUACAUGAUGCCUUUGGCCUCAGUUGCCAAGCUUAUUUGCACCUUGAGGAUAUUUAUGUGGGGGGAUUUGUAUUAUACACAGGGGUGUUCACUGGGUCACCACUUAUCCUGGACCUUGUCAAUAAGAAGCAAGCAGACAUCAGAGAACUUAUUGAUUACUUGACGACUGUCAUCAAAUACAAUUGCAUUGAUGAUACGGCUUCCUUGCCAUCCUUUACUUGUUUUAUGGCUCUGAAAUUCAAUCCUGAGCUUUCUUCUCCCAUCAUGAUGCUAGAAAAAUUUGCUACAGAAGGUGUUGGUAUUCUGUAUGAGGCGAAAAAUAUUCCCUGGAAAACCAUGCUCAACUCACUAUACCUUCACCAAGCACAAGUUGCUGACUGGCCUGCAGGUGUCCCUCCUGUGGGCUCUGAUUUUGUAUUCAAGGACUUGAAGACUGACAAGCUGAAGGCACUAGUUGGUCCCUACUUAAAGCAUUGCAUGGGCUCUGACUACAAUGUGGAACUUGCUCAUGUUAAACACCUGGAGCUGAAGAAGACAAGGAAAGAUAAGUUAAGUGGGGUGAAAGUUCCUGAGCAAGAAUUGAUGUUCAUACCUUGGUCAGAUGAGUCUAAAGACUUGAUGAGCAACAAAGAUUCUGACAUGUUGAACAUCCCCCUCAUCACCAACACAGAUGGUAAAGUCCAAUGCACUCUCAUGGAUUGCAUUCUGUUUAUGAAGAAUCUGCCGCCUAAUAUUGAGGUUCCAGACCCUGCUGCUUCCCCUCACAAUUCUCUAACUCCUCAGCCCUCCUCACUACUUGCCUGGUCCCCUUCUCCACCACAUAGGGAUCACUGCAAGGUCUUGCCACUUCCCCAUUCCAAAGUCACUCCUCAUUAA